UAACCUGAGGCUCCUCUCGGUUGCGCCUCGGUAAAGGUCGGGUUUGACCCUCCUGCAGAUCAAGGGGAUCACAGAGCCUACAAACGCCAGGAUUUUUUGUGAUCGUCUCCUACCAGCCUGGGUCUCCGCUGCCGUGUUUGAAAGAAAAGCAGUGUUUAUUUCCUGGCCUGGCUGACAGAUGUCGGGAACAUGGUUGAAGAACUACUGAUUCAUAAGCCAGAUGAUCCCAUUCAGUUUAUGAUAGACCAUUUAAAACGAAAUAACGACGAUGCUCCAAGAAUUUGUAUACUCGGUCCACCUGCUUCUGGGAAAACUACAAUUGCAAUGCGGCUUUGUAAACAUUUGGAUGCCAUACGUAUCUCUCAGGAGACUUUGUUAUUCGAGGAAACAUUAGCGCUGACAAAGGAAGCAAAGGCAUAUAAAGAAAGAAAACAGCAAAUUCCCAACGCGCUUUGGGCCAAUCUGAUCCAGGAACGUCUGUCAAACGUGGACUGCAUCAAACAAGGUUGGAUUUUGGAAGGCUUCCCUGAAAAUCAGGAACAGGCGUGGAUGCUGCAAUCAUCUGGCAUCAUUCCUAGGCAUGUUGUUGUGCUCUAUGCUGCAGACACUGUGCUGAUUGAGCGGAACAGUGGGAAGAGGCUUGAUCCCUUCACAGAAGAGGUGUACCAUACAACCUUUGACUGGCCAAGUGAUCCGGUGAUACAACAACGUUUGGUGAAACCAGAAGAUCUUUCUGAGCAGGAGAUGUCAAAGAAACUGCUGGAAUAUCACAGAAACUUCCCUGGGGUGUUCCAGAUCUAUCAAAAAGUUUUGAAAUCGGUCAAUGCAGAUCAGCCUUGCAUGGAUGUCCUAUCACAAGCUCUUACCUAUGUCCAAACACGGCACCGAUCAGCCGCCCCCUUUACACCACGUAUUCUCUUUUGUGGACCCCCAGGCAGCGGGAAGAGCCUGCAGGCAGCACUAAUAGCUCAGAAAUACGGUGUUGUCAACAUUUGCUGUGGGCUACUGCUAAAGGAAGCUGUUGCAGACAAGACAAAACUUGGAGAACUCGUUAAGCCUUAUAUUGACAAUGGAUACCCAGUCCCGGACAACAUUGUUAUGAAGAUCCUGGCAGAACGCCUAAAUGCCCUAGACUGCAUGACCAACGGUUGGGUGCUUCGUGGCUUCCCAAGAGACGUAGAACAGGGAGAAGAGCUGCAAAAAGCACGUAUUAUUCCAAACAGGGUAUUUUUCUUCAAUCUUCCCUAUGAAUCCAUCAUGGAACGACUGUCUCAACGGAGGAUCGAUCCAGUCACUGGGGAAAGAUACCACACAACGUUCAGGCCAGCACCCACACCAGCGAUCCAAGCCCGUCUCCGGCAGAACCCUAAGGACAAGGAAGAAAAUAUAGAGAAGCGUGUGGAAACCUACUACCGGAAUGUCAAGGAACUGGAGGAGUUUUAUGAAGAUGCCUUUUAUGUCAAUGCCGACCAAGAUCCUCACGUUAUCUUCGAGUUUAUAGAAAGCUGUAUCAUUAAGCCCCUUCCAUGCAAAAAGGUUAAAUGCUUAUAAUUAUUUCUUUGAUAGCUGGUUUUAAAUUUUUUCCCUGUAAUGUUUGCAGUCCAGUCCCUGAUGUAGCAAGUUCACAGGUGAACAGGAACUCAGUCAAACUGCGUUAAAUUUGAAGCUUAGCAAGGUUAAAUGAAGUACGGAG